UUUGGCAGGAUUUCGGAGGGAAGGGCGACUGAAGAGAGACACACACAGAGAGGAAACGAAGCAGAAUAGUUGAAAGUGGUUUUUACUUCACUUGUUUUAAUCUUCUCCUGCUGGUGUGGACAUAUUGGGUUCUGUUGUUCGAGCUGGGUUUCAGCACUAAAGUGCCCUUUUUUCUAUCACCCAGCCCAGUGCAGCAGCAGGGAUGAACUGGUCGGGGCUGGAGAGUCUGUUGAGUGGAGUCAAUAAAUACUCCACUGCGUUCGGGAGGAUCUGGCUGUCAAUGGUGUUUGUGUUCCGUGUCAUGGUGUUUGUGGUGGCAGCGCAGAGGGUUUGGGGGGACGAGAGCAAAGACUUUGUGUGCAAUACUCGACAGCCUGGUUGCACCAACGUCUGCUAUGACCACAUCUUCCCCAUCUCCCAUAUCCGUCUGUGGGCGCUGCAGCUGAUUUUUGUCACCUGCCCGUCUCUGAUGGUGAUGGCUCAUGUAAAACUCCGUGAAGGAAAAGACGCCAAAUACGUGGCGCUGCACCAAGGCUCUCACCUGUAUGCCAACCCUGGCAAGAAGAGAGGGGGGCUGUGGUGGACCUAUCUGCUGAGUUUGGUCUUCAAAGCUGGAUUUGACACAGCGUUUCUUUACAUUCUUUACCGGAUAUACCACGGAUAUGACCUGCCCAAGCUAUCCAAGUGCUCAAUAGAACCAUGCCCCAACACCGUCGAUUGCUUCAUUAGUCGUCCAACAGAGAAGAAGAUCUUUAUGUUGUUCAUGGUUAUAUCCAGCUCACUAUGCAUCCUCAUGUGUAUCUGCGAGAUGAUUUAUCUCAUCGGCAAACGCAUCUCCAAAUUGUUAAGGAUCCGGCAUGAGAAUGAGAGGGUCCUGUUUGCUGAGCAGCAUGAACUCACCAACAUAGCCCCACCCAGGUCCCAGUACCGUAAGACUGACCCAACGCUGGCAGGGAGCCAGCUGAGUUUAAGCAAGAGGGAGAAGAUUAGAGAAAAUAGUGCGACUACGACCCUGUAGCACUCAGAGGUCACUAAACCAUGGGUUGGUCUCACAACAGGAACACAAGUUACUUAAUACAAUGAUUAAACCAAAAGACUCUGUAUUGUGAUCUUGUGACCCAGCUGAAACAUUCAUGACUCUCAGUUAGGAGGAUCUCCAACACUGGCUGGUUGUAUGUUGUAGGACACUGUGAAAGAAGAAGACUACUAGUAUUACUAUGUCAGGAUGUCACAUCCCUAACGUUGUACCAUAGAUCUGACCAACGUAUGGCUGACUGUACAAGGAGAAACGUCCAGGAGUUGGCUUUUAUAGCACAAAUGGCAUCUGAUGUUCUGUGUGAGGGCAUUGUUUGAUCAUGAAUCAACAUCUGUAUGUCAUUUUAAAUGUAACACCUUGAUGUAAGUAUUGUAAAUUGGUAUGUUGUUAAUAGCUUUAUUAAUUGUGUGACUGAGAAGAAGAUGGCUUCGGGUGCUCUGUGCUCGUCUACAAAAGGGACCAAAAUGCCGCUUGGGAUAUUUAAUGAGCCGAUGCCCGACAUGAAGUGUCGAGUUAUCAAUCGAGGUUUAACUCUGAACCAUCGAGUGGAUCAGAGAGGCUCAUAUCUGCUAUAUCCGACAACCAGCGGAUUUCUUAGCCUAUCCUGCUAAGGGGGCUCAUUUAUUUAAACAGAGAUUCAAUACUUUUUUUGCAUUUUCAUAAUUUAUUUAGAGUCAAGAGAGUGAACCUGAACCUGUACAGACAAGGGUGUCACCAUGGUAUAGACAAAUGUGCACAUUUAGAACAGUUUUGAGGACUAUAUUGACAUUUGAAUUCACAUUUAAAGGAAUAGUCUGAGAUUCCCCUGAGACAAUGGCUGCCUUUCCACAUUUAAUUUUAGUUGCUUACUGUUUACUGACUAACACACCUGUGGGGGGAAAUUACAUAGUCACUAGUGGCUUUUUAGACAUGAAGUCGCUAAAAGAGUCUGAAAAGUCCUCAAGCUGGCAGCACUGAAUGAGGGUACUGGGCACAACCAAGUCGGGGCAGUCACACUUAAUGUUUUACUCAAAAAAUGUUAAUACAUUAAAAAUAAAUAGGAAAUAAUAAAUAACUCAAAAUAGGAGGACAUAUUUAACAUAUUUUCUACUGUAUAUUAAGCAGAUUACUUUUGUUGUGACUACAUGUCAACUGGAAUGUCCUAAUUGUUUUUUUUAAGACUUGUUUUUAUUGGGCCUUGUUGUUCUAUGUAUUUAAUUGCUUGUGAAAUAAAAAUGCUG